AUGAACCCGACCGACUCAAGACCGCCCUCCAGAGGCGAAGAAGACAAUGAAAACGAACCGAACCUACCACCUGCCAUCGAUACCAACCUGCCCCCCCAGAUGAUUAUUGGACCAGAGACACCUUCUCUUUGGAACCCCGAAGAUGUUACUAGCCCCGUCCAAUUCAACCAAAUCACCGAAGAAGAAAUUGAAAACAUGGAUCGAAGGACUAUGCGAGGUAUGCUCAUGGCUAUGAGCCGCCAAGUCCACAAACCCAACGAAUACAAAAGACCCUCGAAGCGUGAUGACUUCUUGGGACUACUCAGAUGGUUCUCGACUACCAUCGGAGUAGCCCCAAAGCUCAACGUCAAGAACUGGCAUGUUUGGAACCCAUUAUUCCUAGACGCUAUUGACACUUGGAGCGAAGCUCUCCGACACCUCCAAGGAAAAGUCAAACCUGGCGACGAGAAAUUCGACAGAAUCCUUGAUGGGCGACUCAAGAUGAUUCUGAUUGGAGUCUGCGAAAUCGAAGGACCGAACAACCUGAACUACAUCCUGGCUAGACCCAAGGAUUCUACGCCAUGGACUUUCCACGAGCUCUAUGAGCAAAUCAAAACCAACCUCCUCAAGAACGACGAUCUAGACCAAGCCACUAUACUUCGAGACGCUGGCCGCCUUCGAAUGUACAACAAUGAUGUUCGGAAACUCAUUGAAGACAUUCGAAAUCACUGGGCCAAAGCCGACACGAUGGGACAUCCCUUGCCCCAGUUGAUGAAAAUACAAACAUUAAUCAACUCAGCUAGAUACAAUGCAUCUUAUGCGACAUAUAUCAAUACCCUCGAAUGCAUGGGCAACACCCAUGACUUUGAUCGAGUUGCUGCUGCACUACUCAAAUGCCAGGAACAGAUGCAAAUGAAGCCAAUCCAUCGAGUUGCUGCCCCCGGAACGGCAUCCAGCAGCAUCAGGGUGGUCGAAAGUUCACAGACUGAAGAUUACCCUGAAAGCUACUGGAAUGGCAAGGCUGGACCCAACGGAGAGGCCCCAAAAUGCUACAACUGCUUCGACACCGGACACAUCGCCAAGAAAUGCCCCAAACCUCGCCGACCCCGUACCUACCCAAAUGACCAAACCAGUUCAACCCCUGCCUAG